AUGUAUCGCUUUGUUUCUACAAUAUUGGACGAAAAUAAAAUCAUAAGAGAAUACGCAAAAUUUUGUUUGCGAGAUGUGCUACUGCUGCAGUUUCCUGAUCUUUUCUCAAACCACUUCAUCGAAUGUCUUAUGUAUUUUAACAAGGUGCCAGUAAGCGGUGAAAUUCGUAGUGCUGGACGCGUGCAAGAAGUUAUUGAUCCUGUACAGCACGUUAAUCUUUACGGUUCGGAGAAUUUUGAAAAUCGUAUGACAAUUUGCAAAUUUAUGUUGAGCACAUUUGAUGAUCGGUUGAAAUUAACACUGAUGGCUCACAUUUGUACGCAAAUUAUUUCUCCAGUUAUGAAUGGGAAUCUGAAGUACGAUGAUCCUUGUGUAUAUGCUCUUUUGAAGGACGCCUUGACGAUAAUGUCCGUCAAAGAAAUAAGAUUGAACAUGGAUGUGGGAAAGGGUCCUGACGAUGAAGACGAGCCUCCAGCGGUUGUUGUAGCUGCUGCAAAAGAAAUGAUUACACAAACAUUCCGGAAAGCCAUGAUAGAUUAUGUCAUGCCGAGCCUUCUCGAUUUACGUGCUUACCUCAAUGAGAGGCGAUCGAGAUUACGUUCCGAACUGUACUCCGUUUUCCGCGCUAUUUGUCGCGAACAUAAAGAUCAAAUUGAUGAAUUCUUGGAUGGUGAUCAGCAACUCAAGGCCGAGGUUGAAUAUGACAUCCGCAGAUACGAGGCAAGUGUUCUUCAUUUAAAGAAUUGGUGUAGUAAGGACUUUUCUUGUGUUUCAGUUACGUUUAAAGGCUGA